AUGCCAUUUAACGCGAAGGUACUUGCCGAUACGCCACUGGGUCAGUAUGCCCGCAGCGUCAACGCGGUGCAGCCUCAGUCUGAGCGGUCAAGCCUCCGCAAAGGCAGUCGCGCGAGCGCGUUGAGCGUUGCGCACGUUGCGCCAGCGCUGGGGCCAGAGACAGUGACAGUGAUACACCGGUACAACCACCGCCGAGGUGGGUACUACCUUUAA